AGCUGUUCGAUCGGCAAGCGACCCCAUAUCGAUUUAAGAAUGUCCCUUCUGCUAUGGGUUCCCCUCAGUAUUGUCAUAGGCUUUUUGUUACUCCACGCGCUGCUAGCAUUCUGGCCGUGCGUACGUCCCAGGUCGUCCGCUCAGUCCGACAGCUUGAAGCAUCUUUCCCUCAAUGGCACAGUACAGACCUACGAAGUUAUCAUGGCGGCUCAAGAGGAUGUGAACGAUAGGGCUAGGUAUCCCGUCCAGGAAUGCUGCUCAAUUUGUUUAUCAUCCUACACCCCACGUAGUAAAGUCAGGAAGCUUUGUUGUGGGCAUCUGUAUCAUGAAGAUUGUGUCUGUAUGUGGCUUGAAAACGAUCCAUAUAAGCAAUGCCCCUACUGUCGGGAGGGCUGCCUCAGGAACCCGGAUAAAGAACGACAGCAUCCGAUCCAACAGCAAUCCAUCUAGGGAGCGAUAUGUAUCCUAGUGUUACUAGGCUAGUAAUCCGAUGCAAAUUAGUCACGUGGUCAUGUUCGCCGUGAAGGUCGCUUUCUCAUCACUGAUCUUCUGCUAUUCAAUACACAAUCGGUCACAGCCGUCUCGCUCGGUAUCAUUCCGCUGGAGUUUUUCUAUCGAGCUAGUGUGACUUUCUGAUCAUUCUGGUCGACGCGGAUUAUGGCUGGUCAUUCUUUAGUGUCGGAGCUUUUAUAUUACCAUUGUUCAUUCGUGUCAUUGGUUUGUACCGAUGUCAUUAGCUUAAUCAAAGUGCCACCAGCCCAAUGGUUUUACGUAUUAUUGACAAUUUUUCAACCUUUCAACUUCAUCAGAAAGAUGCGUGCUCAUACCUGGAUCCUUCGUAGAAUCAUCGUGCAGUAUGAUUCAUACUUGGGAUGAUUGAUCAAGAUUAGGAAAGGUAUAUUGGUGGUUAUCAAUCACAGGUUGCUGAUAUUUGAUAGCGUUCGUCCAUGUACGAUAGGGCAGUCUGAUCUCUCAUUACUUUCCGUUUGGUUUCGCGAACAAAUAAUACCGCGACUUGUUUCACGCUGUCGGAGGUUCUAUACUCUCAUCGCGCCUUAUGGUCGAUUUCGGUUCAUCCAACAGUCAAGG